AAAAAGAUUUAUAGUUGAAGAUUAUAAAGCCUACAUUCCUGUUUCCUAGUAGAUAUUUCUACCAUGAAUCUCAAACUUCAGGCAUCAAUAGCUUCUGCAGUUUCCCUUCCACGCACACGAAACUCCAUUGUCUCAUCCCAUUUGAACUUCGCUUCUUCCAAACCUCUCUGCAACUAUGCAGCUCCCGAUAAGCUUCACCCUCGUCGAAACGGCACCAGCAACAGUCGUUCCGCUCACAAGGCCCCACAUUUGCAGAAGGCCAACAACAACACCUCCAUUGAACCAAAAUUGAAGCUCGACCAGAGUGUUCAUCAAAAUCAAGACACCCCAUUUGCCGCAAGCUCCUCCAAUGCCGACUUGAUGAGCUUGUGUGAAGAGGGUAAGCUCAAUCAAGCUUUGGAACUCAUGGGUCACGGUGCUGUUGCUGAUUCUAGUGUUUAUCUCGCGCUCUUGAAGUUGUGUGAGGAUUCUGGGUCGCUUGAGUCAGGGAAAAGGGUUCAUGAGUUCUUGAAGAAGUCGUCGUUUAAUGGGGAAGUUGAAGUGAACAACAGGUUGAUUGGAAUGUAUGGGAAAUGUGGCGGUAUGAAGGAUGCGCGCCGGGUGUUUGAUAAAAUGCCGGAGAGGAAUUUAAGUUCGUGGUGUUUGAUGAUUAGUGGGUACACGGUGAAUGGCCGAGGGGAUGAUGGUUUGUUGGUUUUUCAGCAGAUGAAGCAAGCAGGGGUAGAACCAGAUGGGGAAACUUUUGCGUUGGUUUUGGCUGCGUGUGCUCGGGCUGAAGCUGUGGAAGAAGGUUUCAUGCACUUUGAAUCCAUGAAGGAGUAUGGGAUUGCUCCUUGCAGGGAGCACUACUUGGAGGUUAUUAACAUUCUGGGGAAUGCUGGUCAGCUGAAUGAAGCUGAGGAGUUCGUUGAGAAAAUGCCACUCGAGCUUGGUGUUGACAUUUGGCAGGCGCUUAGGAAUUUCGCACGAAUUCAUGGAGAUAUAGAUCUUGAAGAUCGUGCUGAGGAGUUGUUAAUUGGUUUUGAUCCUUCAAAAGCCAGUGCUGAUAAACUGCCCACACCUCCAAGAAAGAAGCAGUCUGCAAUUAACAUGCUGGAGGAGAAGAAUAGAGUGGCUGAGUAUCGGUGUAGUAUCCCCUAUAAGGAAGAGGUAAAUGAGAAAUUGAAAGGUUUGAGUGGGCAGCUGAGGGAAGCAGGUUAUGUGCCGGAUACAAGAUAUGUUCUCCACGACAUUGAUGAGGAGGAAAAAGAGAAGGCCUUGCAAUAUCAUAGCGAACGUUUGGCAAUUGCCUAUGGUCUCAUCAGUACUCCGCCGAGGACUACACUAAGAAUCAUCAAGAAUCUACGUAUAUGUGGAGACUGCCACAAUGCUAUCAAAAUUAUGUCGAAGAUUGUUGGGAGGGAGCUCAUUGUGAGGGAUAACAAGCGAUUCCAUCAUUUCAAAGAUGGAAAAUGCUCAUGUGGAGAUUAUUGGUAGUGUUUGUUUAGGAACUGAAGUAUGUUGUAGAUAGUCUGGUGCUAUACUACUAGAUUGGUUUUUAUUUGCUGCCAAAUUAGGUUCAAAUUUAUAGUCAGGAAUAUCAAAGAAAGUUUUGUUCCAUCUAUGAAUUGACUUGUGUAGCUUCUUCUCUUUGUCGUUCAUGUAUGUCGGACUACAAAAAAUUCGAAGUGGCUGAGAGUAUAGUAAAUUUCCAUUGAACAAAA